AUGUAUGUGAAAUGCAUUGCAACAGCAAUUUUCAAUUUUUUUAAAAUCAUUUAAAAAAAAUGACAUUUUUUAAAAAUUCUAAAUUUGCCACCGGUUCCGGCGCCCGUACGUACCAAUGUCACAGGGACCGGAACAUGGAAGCCGGAUGCCGGCACUGGCCGGAGGAGAUGGCCGGGGAUGCUGCAGGGGACACAUCGUGGGAGCGAAGGACAAGGUAAGUGCUGCAGGGACUCCCUGAGCAACGCCGCAUGGUAAGCUCGAGUGUAGCUCGGGGUUACCGCUCUUGGUACUCAAAUUUUACCCCUAGCUACACUCGGGAAUACCGCUAAGGAGGUUAAAAAUUG